AUGACAACAGUUCCAAAAUUGACAUUUGUUACCCUACUGCAGUGUUGGUGCAGUCAACGCCUAUACUUACUGCCCUGGAAUCUGGAAAUAUAUAAUAUCCAGCGCGAUGUGAUAGUCUUGCUGAAGAGCUGCAGGGACGGCAGAUGUAGAGCAGUGCUAGCUAGCUGUUCUAUACAACCCUAG